AUGGGCUUAUACAUUUUGACCAGCAAAACCAAACACGACUGCAUUGUCUGCCAAACCAUCAUUCAUGACCGUGAAAUCCGUCUCCACUGUGGGCACUACUACCACGUAGAAUGUUUGCUUCACCUCGUCGAGGCGUCAACCCAUGACCAGUCCUUAUUUCCUCCGAGCUGUUGCCAGCAGCCCAUCCGCGAGCGGGUAUUCAAGCGGUACAUGCCACCUGCUCUCGCAAGUACCUAUCGCGAGAAGGUUGCAGAGUUCUCCACCGUCCGGCGUGUCUACUGUUCCAACCUUGCGUGCAGCCGUUUCCUGGGCCCUCGAACGGACGCUCCUGACGCCAUCAAUUACUAUUGUGCCGUUUGCUCCGCGCGUACGUGCAGCAGCUGUAGGUUGACGGUAUCCCCUGCCCCGGGUGGCCCGCAACACGUCUGCAAGGCCGACCGCUCGCAGCGUGAGGUGCUCGACCUCGCCCGGAGAAGGGGAUGGACACGGUGUCCCGCAUGCGACCAGAUGAUCGAGCUGCACAGUGGCUGCUAUCAUAUGACUUCUGCUACGUCUGCGGGAGCCCGUGGAAGACGUGUGCUUGCCCGCAGUGGGAACAAGUCGAGCUCCGCGAACUCGGUGCACUAG